AUGGCAAAGUUCGUCUCUAAUAGCCUCCAAGGUAUUGCCGCCGAGGCUGCUGGAGUCUCGAAGACUCGAAAGGCAAAUUUUCAAAAGCCUAUACCGGCUACUGCCGCCAGUUCACGGCCUUCUCGCGCGCGGAAACCUCCUGAGCGGUAUUCCCCUGACCCAGAAGAUAUGCCGAAUAGAAGAAAGACGAGGAGCGGUACCAAGACCGCUAGAGACGACAACAAAGCCGGCGGUGCACCGCCUAUUGACUCUCCGAAACACAAGACCAAGCGUGCUAUAAAGCAGGCCGUGGAGGAUGCGCUAGGAGCUGCCUAUGUAAGUCCUACCACUGAGGACAAUGCUCCUGCGGCAAGCAAAACUAGAUCGAAGAAGGACGCUACUAAGGGAAAGAAGAAGGCAAUCUCGAAGAAGAACACCACCGCCGAGACCAAGAGGAAAACUACCGCGCGAAAGGAGAAGGCGGGGGCGAAGAAAACCGAGAUCACACUCAAGGUGAAUAGUCACGUGGGUUUUGGGGGGGCGGCUACCGCUGCUUCGAAGAAGACCGCAGCCGACGAAAAGGAGGAGAACAAGAAGAAGACGCAGCAGGGGCAGAAGGACGAAACGGUCAAGGGGCCAGCGAAAAAGACAACCGCGUCCAAGAAGCCCGCGUCCAAGAAGGCUGAGGGGAAGACAGCCGCCGCCGCCGCACCCAAAAAGUCAGCCAACAAGAAGAGCGCUGCUUCAAAGAAGGAGACAAAGGCUAAGGCUACGACUACAACGACCAAGAAGGUUACCAAGCCCAAAGCCACUGCAGCCAAAACCGGCAAGAAAGCCCCUGCGAAGAACGCUGCUCUGGCAAAGACCAACGAUGCUGGACAGUCCAAGGCUCCCAAGGAGCAUGUCACAGAAAGCAGCGUCAAGUCACAGUCUUAG